GAUUUAUAUUUUCGUAUUCUUCCAAAAUUUACUCGAGAAGAAAAAAAAAAAAUGGAUUUUUCGUCGCCGUCACAACGUCGUCUCGAAACCGUUCGCUCUCACCUCGAAUCUUCUCCGGCCAACGAUCCAACAUCUCUCUUCCUCAACGCCACCGCUUCUGCUUCCCCUUUCUUCAGAGAGGAUAGCUACAGUGUGGUGCUUCCGGAAAAGCUGGAAACUGGAAAAUGGAAUGUCUACAGAUCUGCAAAGUCGCCUAUGAAGCUCGUUAGCAGAUUCCCUGAUCAUCCUGAAAUCGGGACUUUGCACGACAAUUUCGUACAUGCUGUUGAAACAUAUCCUGACAACAAGUAUCUGGGUACACGAGUUCGGUCUGAUGGAACCGUUGGAGAGUACACAUGGAUGACAUACGCGGAAGCAGCUUCUGCACGACAAGCCAUUGGUUCAGGACUUCUUCUUCAUUUUGUUGAACAGGGAGCUUGCGUAGGAAUCUAUUUUAUCAACAGACCCGAGUGGUUGGUUGUGGAUCAUGCUUGUGCAGCAUACUCACUUAUCUCUGUUCCUUUAUACGAUACACUUGGUCCAGACGCUGUUAAGUUUGCUGUGAAUCAUGCUUCUCUGCAGGCUAUAUUUUGUGUACCUGAAACCUUAAACACCUUGCUUAGCUUCCUAUCAGAGAUCCCAUCCAUUCGUCUUGUUGUGGUGGUGGGAGGAGCGGACGAGCAUUUGCCAUCGCUUCCUUCAGGAUCUGGAGUCAAAAUUGUAUCAUAUCAAAAGCUAUUGACUCAGGGUCGAGAUAGCUUACAUCCAUUUCUCCCUCCAAAGCCUGACGACAUUGCAACCAUAUGCUACACUAGUGGAACCACAGGAACACCAAAGGGUGCUAUGUUGAGUCAUGGAAACCUGAUCGCAAAUGUCGGCGGUUCCAGCACAGCAGUAGUUUUUGAACCUAAUGAUGUUUACAUAUCAUAUCUUCCUUUGGCGCACAUAUAUGAACGUGCAAACCAGAUUAUGGCGGUGUAUGGUGGUGUUGCUGUCGGUUUCUAUCAAGGGGAUGUCCUGAAACUGAUAGAUGAUUUGGCUGUGUUAAGGCCAACAGUAUUCUGCAGUGUCCCUCGCUUAUAUAAUCGAAUAUAUGAUGGGGUUACAAGUGCUGUAAAGUCAUCUGGUGUUGUGAAGAAGAGGCUUUUCCAAGUUGCAUAUAACUCAAAGAAGCAAGCCAUCAUGAAUGGUCGGAAUCCAUCUGCGUUUUGGGACAAACUGGUGUUCAACAAAAUAAAAGAAAAGCUUGGUGGACGAGUUCGCUUCAUGGGUUCUGGUGCUUCUCCAUUGUCACCCGAUGUAAUGGAUUUCUUGAGAGUAUGCUUUGGAUGUGGGGUGCGUGAAGGGUAUGGUAUGACCGAGACUUCUUGUCUCAUAAGCUCUAUGGAUGAAGGAGACACUUCCUCUGGCCAUGUCGGUUCCCCUAAUCCAGCGUGUGAGAUAAAACUUGUGGAUGUUCCCGAGAUGAAUUACACAUCGGAAGAUCAACCACACCCACGUGGUGAAAUCUGUAUUAGAGGGCCAAUCGUUUUCAAAGGCUACUACAAAGAUGAAGAACAAACGAGAGAGAUGAUUGAUGAGGAUGGCUGGCUUCACUCGGGAGAUAUCGGGAUAUGGUUACCCGGUGGUCGGCUCAAGAUCAUCGACAGGAAGAAAAACAUAUUUAAGUUGGCGCAAGGGGAAUAUAUAGCACCAGAGAAAAUCGAAAACGUUUACACUAAGUGUAGAUUUGUAUCUCAGUGUUUUGUAUACGGUGAUAGCUUCAAUUCAUCUCUAGUUGCUAUAGUUUCAGUCGAUCCAGAUGUUAUGAAAGAUUGGGCUUCUUCAGAAGGCAUCAAGUAUGAGCAUCUAGGACAGCUUUGUAACGAUCCAAAUGUGAAAAAGACUGUUCUUGCUGAGAUGGACAACGUUGGAAGAGAAGCUCAGCUGAGAGGAUUUGAGUUUGCAAAGGCUGUGACUUUGGUGCCAGAACCAUUCACUUUAGAGAAUGGACUUCUAACACCAACCUUCAAGAUAAAGAGACCUCAAGCAAAAGCUUACUUUGCAGAAGCAAUAUCCAAUAUGUAUACGGACAUCGCAGCCCGGGACCCUAUGCCCUCUAAACUGUGAUGAUAUAUAUUCAUUACUCAAACGUGUUUCUUGUAUUUCGAAGUUAAAUUAUACGACUCUAAAAGAUUUGAUUGGAGGUUGAUUUUUAAGAAAUAAACCAGAUUUUUGCUUUAAAUUUUCGUUUAUGCUACAAAAUAAUUAAAGAAGCAAAGAAUGGUUCUAAAUUUGUAAUCCUG